CUGUCACGGUUGUCUCCCCCUCCGAUUCCCCCCCUUCAUUCUUCCCCUCCUGCCAUGAGACUUUUCAAUCAAAAAUGAAUGAAUAGGACUCGUCUGGACUCCAUCCUGCAGCCCGCGGCAGGUGCUGCUGUCCCAUGAUUCGCGAGGAACCCGGCCAUGGUGGCUGGCCCCCACCCCAGCUAUGGGUGAGGUCACCUUCAAAAGUGACACUCAGCUCUCAGAUGUCCAAAUCUACACCCCGAACCACAGGCACCUCAUGGUGCGGCUGAAUGGCAUGGGGCAGCCCAUUUUCUGGUCCCAGUUCAAGCUUCUGUGGAGCCGAGACUCUCAGACAGACUCAGGGGUUGAGGGUGGCCGUCAUGCCAUGGGUCCCGCAGAGGAAAUGCCUCCCUCUGGGCCAGGCAGUGCCAGACCCCCUCUGGGGAAUGGCUGCAGGAGUGCCGCCACCAGCCAGGAGCGGGUGGGAACUCGGCUGGACGAGGACGGAGAUCUGGACGUCGAGAGGAGGCCACGGGCGGCUUCAGACCCCGAGCCAGCGGGGCCUCCGAGAGACAAGGUACAUCCCACGAUUCUAACGCAGGAGGAAGAUGACCCCCCGGCAGACGAAGCACGAGAGAGCAUCCCCCAGGAUAUCAUCAGAAUAGAACACACCAUGGCCACCCCGCUGGAGGAUGUUGGCAAGCAAGUGUGGCGGGGUGCCCUGCUCCUGGCUGACUACACCCUGUUCCAACAGGACCUCUUCCAGGGACGCACGGUGCUGGAGCUUGGGGCGGGCACGGGGCUGGCCAGCAUCAUGGCAGCCACCGUGGCGCGUACCGUUUACUGCACAGAUGUCGGUGCAGAUCUCUUGGCCAUGUGCCAGCGAAACAGUGCCCUCAACGGCCACCUGGGGACUGUUGCAGGAGGUGGUGUAGUUAAGGUCAAAGAACUGGACUGGCUCAAAGACGACCUGGGCACAGAUCCGGAGGUCUCCUUCAGCUGGUCGCAGGAGGACGUCUCCGACCUGUACAGCCACACCAUCAUCCUGCUCGCGGCCGAAGUGGUUUACGAUGAUGACCUAACCGACGCUCUGUUUAAAACGCUGUCCCGCCUCGUUCACAAACUGAAAAACGCCUGCACGGCCAUUCUGUCUGUGGAGAAGAGGCUGAACCUCAAGCUCAGACCCCUGGACGUCACGUGUGAAGCCUACCACCACUUCCGCUCCUGGCUGCAGCGGCUGGAGGGGCUUGCGGCCGGCCGGCUGCGCUUCGCGGUGGAGCGGAUGGAGGCCUCCCUCCCACAGCUUCUUGUCUAUGAGCGCAUCCGGCAGCUGGAGCUCUGGAAGAUCUUUGUGGAACCGGUAAUGUGACCCAUCGCAUCCACCAGCACGGCUUCUCGACUGUUCUUAGAAUGCGUUUCUAAUAAAAUGGAAAGCUCAUGAAAAAAAAAAAAGAAUAAAUAUCUUGAAAGAAAAUUAAGCAAUGGAUAAAACAUUUUAAUAAACUAACCUUAAUAUCAACCUUCAAAUUAUUGUAUCAUGAAGUAUGUAUUGUACCAAGAUUCCCCCCGCAGCUGAAGAAUAUUAUUACUAUCUGCUUAUUGAAAUACAAUGUACAACAAUGUGUUGAAAACUGGUUUAACAUUUUGCAAUAAAAUGAAGGUCUGAUUCUAAUUUCAGUUUAUGUAGAUGCUUAAUUUUAAUGGAUAUCAUAAGUGAGCAUAUUCCUUACAAAGAGACAUAAGUCCCAAAAAUGAAGUAUAUAGUUGGUUCUGCUACUAAGUCAUAACUUGUUUUGCAAUUCCACU